AUGCUGGGAACCACUGGUCAGUACCCACUGAUACUGGGAACCACUGGUCAGUACCCGCUGACACUGGGAACCACUGGUCAGUACCCACUGAUACUGGGAACCACUGGUCAGUACCCGCUGACACUGGGAACCACUGGUCAGUACCCGCUGACACUGGGAACCACUGGUCAGUACCCACUGAUACUGGGAACCACUGGUCAGUACCCACUGAUACUGGAAACCACUGGUCAGUACCCACUGAUACUGGGAACCACUGGUCAGUACCCGCUGAUACUGGGAACCACUGGUCAGUACCCGCUGAUACUGGGAACCACUGGUCAGUACCCGCUGAUACUGGGAACCACUGGUCUAGCUACAUGUCCAGUCAGCCAAAAAUAAGCUGCCAAGCUACCUCUUUUAUUUUGAAAUGUUCUUCGUGUGU